UACAGAACACGUAGUGGAAAGUUAGUUAAGUUGAGGCUACAACAAACGCCGGCAUUACAUUGCCUCUUGUGCAUUAUCAAUUGUUUCAUAAUAUCCGUGAUUUUGUAUUAACAAUUGCGUUCCACAUGGUUUAUUGAACCAUACAAUCAAGUAAUAACAAUGGAAUCGAGAAGGAGAAAAAGUGAGAAACGUAAACGUCGGCACUCGUCUCCGGAUUCUCCCGUAAGUUCCCCUCCAUUAACCAAAAAAUCUGUAGAACAUAACAGAAGUCCAAGUCCUCCAAAAUCUCCAAAUGCCUACGACGAGUUUAACGUGGCCAGCCGGACAUUCGAUCCCAAUCACCCGCGCAGUGCAUCCCCUGCUCGGACGACAACUCCACCAAUACCCAAUUCUCCGAAGGAAUCUUCGGACAGAGACGAAAGGGAAUUAUCCCGAGACAGUGACGAUGAUCCUCCACUAGAUCGGCAAGAUGAUCGCUCGAGGAGGUCGAAAAAAUCAUCGCGACAUGACCGAGACACUCAUCGAAACCGCAGGCGUUCAAGGAGCAGAAGUAGAAGAGAACGAAGCAGGAACCGAAGUAGGAGUAGAAGUAGAAACAGAAACAGACAAAUAAGAGACAGAAGAGACAACACUUCACGUCGAACGCCCCAGGAAGUGCGAGGUCGCAGGUAUUGGGAUCAUUCGCCAAGACGUCCAGCUCACGACUCUGAAGAGGAGCAUAUUAUUGGAGAUCGUUUCUACGGUGGAGCUCCCAAGACCCGUAAGGAUCGAGACAAGGAGAACGUCUCCGAGAACAAGCCUCACAGGGGCUCCCACCAAGAUCGCAAUGAUCAUAAUAAUAAGAAUCGAAGCAAAAACACGGAGAAAUCACCGGAAAAGGAGGCACUUGGUGUGAUAAAACCCAGUGAAAAGCGAACAGUUGACCUCCUCACGUCAAAAACAGGAGGUGCUUACAUCCCCCCAGCCAAACUCCGACUCAUGCAGGCUGAAAUAACUGACAAGAGUGGAGCUGCGUAUCAGAGAAUUGCCUGGGAGGCCCUGAAAAAGUCUAUUCAUGGUCACAUCAAUAAAGUCAACACCAGUAACAUUGGACUCAUCACGAGGGAAUUGUUCAGGGAGAAUAUCAUCAGGGGAAGGGGUCUGCUGACCAGAUCGAUCAUACAAGCACAAGCAGCAUCUCCAACAUUUACCUCAGUCUACGCCGCCCUAACAGCAGUUAUCAACUCGAAAUUCCCUCAUAUUGGAGAGUUACUGCUGAAAAGGUUGGUGAAUCAGUUCAAGAGGGGCUUCAAGAGGAACGACAAACCCCUGUGCAUUUCCUCAGGUACCUUUAUGGCACACUUGGUCAAUCAGAGUGUCGCUCAUGAGAUCCUGGUUCUUCAACUGCUGACAAUGUUGGUGGAGACACCCACUGAUGACUCAAUAGAAGUUGCUAUUGCUGUCCUCAAGGAAUGUGGAAUGAAGCUCACUGAGCUCUCCAAGAGGGGAAUUGAGGGAGUGUUUGCCACCCUGAGGAAUACCCUUCAUGAGGGACAGCUCGAUAAGAGGGUGCAGUAUAUGAUUGAGGUGAUGUUCCAAGUCAGAAAGGAUGGAUUCAAGGAUCAUGAGGCUGUGCCCAAAGAGCUGGAUUUGGUUGAGGAGGAUGAUCAGUACACUCACCUGAUGACUCUGGAUGAACCAGUGGACUCUGAGGACAUUCUCAAUGUCUUCAAGUUCGAUCCUGAAUAUAUCGCUAGCGAGGACAAAUAUAAAUCGAUUAGAAAGGAGAUUUUAGACGACGACAGUGAUGAGGAUGAGGAUGAGGAGGAGGAGAACGAUGAUGAUGAUUCAGAUGAUAGUGACGAUGAAGAGGAGGGUGAAGAGGGGGAGGAGUCGGGAAAAAGGAAGGAGGGAAUUAUUGUAGAUAAUACUGAGACGAAUUUAACAGCCCUGAGGAGGACUAUUUACUUGACUAUUCAAUCGUCGCUUGACUUCGAAGAGUGCGCACACAAACUCAUGAAGAUGCAGCUGAAGCCCGGACAGGAGAUUGAACUCUGUCACAUGUUUUUGGACUGUUGUGCCGAGAUGAGGACCUACGAGAAAUUUUAUGGUCUGUUGUCGGGAAGAUUUUGCGCGAUUAAUAAAAUUUAUAUCGUUCAGUUCGAGCAGAUCUUCAAGGAUUCGUACGAUACGAUUCAUCGGUUAGACAUGAAUAAAUUGAGAAACGUCGCCAAGUUUUUUGCGCACUUGUUGUUCACGGACUCCAUAUCCUGGGGGGUUCUGAGCUGCAUUAAAUUGAAUGAGGAUGAUACGACUAGCUCCGGGAGGGUCUUCAUUAAGAUCCUGUUUCAAGAGCUCGCAGAGUACAUGGGGCUCACCAAGUUGAAUGCCAGGGUGAAAGAUGUCACCCUGCAGGAAGCCUUUGAGGGUCUCUUUCCUAGGGAGAACCCUAGGGAUACUAGGUUUGCUAUCAACUUCUUCACAUCAAUUGGAUUGGGCGGACUAACUGACGAUCUAAGGGAGCACUUGAAAAAUCGACCGAAACCUGCACCACCACCAGCUUUCGUUAAAGAAGAGAAGGCCUCGUCUUCGGAGGAGUCGAGCUCUUCCGAUACUUCCUCCGGUUCUUCUUCUGAUAGUUCGGACUCAUCAUCUUCGUCGUCCACUUCAUCAUCAUCUUCAUCUUCUGAAGAGGACAAAAGGAAAAAGAAGAAAACCACGAGGAAGGAAUCUGCGGAUAAGCAGAGAACCAAGUAUCAUGCUGGAAAAGAGAAGAAAAAAGACGAGAGAAAAUCGAAGAAGAAGUCUCGAAAAUAACGCAGUGUUACAUGUGCAUAUGAAUAAUUUUAUAAUUAUGUGGAAAUAAUUAAAUUAAUAUGUUAAUAUUA